GAAACCGCUGUUGCCAAAAAUUCGUUUGUUUUGCUUCUCCACGCUUCAAAUUGCCCCGCUUCUCUUCCUUAGCAGACCAGUACCGUGCCUUUGGCCCGUACUUAGCGAUGCAGGCUAUCAGAGGUCAGACGGCCGUGGUGACGGUACAGGCGGCAGUUCCGGCGCCCCCCGCCGAGCAGCUGCAGCUGCUGACCCUCCAGCCGGCGCCUCAGCACCACAACGUGACUUGGGAGGAGGGCACUGUCGACAAUGAGCACAUGGACAAGAAGAAAUCAAAAAGUGCGUGAGCCGAAGCUCGAAGCACGUCAACACGAGGAGGCCAGCAUGUGACUGACACUGUGCGUGUGGUCGUGUCGUGUGUGCGUCAGAGUGUUGUAUCUACCACAAGCCGCGUGAGUUUGGCGAGAGCUCAUCGGAGAGCGAAGGUGGGGAUCUGAUCUGCGUUAACGGAAAACACACACGCGUGUUGGAAAACACACACGCGUGUUGAGGGAUGGGGCAGGCAGGCAGGCAGGUCGGAAUGUAUGUACGUAUGUAACUUUCUUAUCUAUCCAUCGGCUUGUUUGUCGCAGGUGACGACCACCCGUGCAGCCACCAGCACUGCAGCCACCAGCACAAGAACAAGAAGAAGAACAAGAAACCGAUACCUAAGUACGUACGAGCUCUUUUAACCAGAAAGUACGUGCGUAUAGACAGACGAGGGCCACGACCGCUCCAGGGAGACAGACCUCAAUCUCAAUCAUCCCUUUUGUCUGCGUCUCCGUCUGUCUCCCUGUGGGUGGCUUCAGGAAGUUCCCCGAUGAGCAGCAGCAGCAGCCCCAGGGUGGGCCAUCUGGUUCUGGUCCCCAGCAGCAGCCCCAGUCGUCGAGUGGGAGCUCUGGCUGAGUGUCCACACUUUUCCCUCGGCCUAUAUGCGGUGCGGUGUCAUGGUACUGUAGGUGGUGGUCUCGUCUUUCUCUCCAUCCGUGCACGUGUCCCGUGCGGUCACAUGCGUGUGGGGUGCACACUCGUGUUUCCAUAUUGACUGGCUGCCGAUGGCAGGCAGGAAGAAACGGGGUCAGGUCACCAUGUCUGUGCUGUGCCGCUCAGAGUCACGCCAUUUUCGCCUGACCGGCCAUCGUGCGACAGUGUGUGGGUGGGGUGGCUGACUUAUAUGACUUCUUUUCGUGCGUUGCUGCCCGCAAUGUUUUUCAGUGUCGCGUGUACUUGUGUGUGUGUGUGUGUGUGUGUGUAUAGAUGGGGAGGAGUGGAGGGGACCAGCAACGGGAGGGAGUGACAGG